AUGCCUCAAGCUCAACCUCAAGUAACUCCUAGGAGAGCACAACUCGCUCAACAUCCAAGGCACCAAACCAUGGGAGAUUUUGAUUCUUCUGAUGCUUUCUUCUUGGAUCGGAAUCCUAUCCGACCACCUCAACCUCCAAGGAACGACUUUGAGAUCAAGCCGCAGAUCAUUGCCUUGGUGAAACAAAACCAAUUCCAUGGUUUGUCCACCGAACAUUCUCUUAAUCAUGUCGACACCUUUCAGGAGUUAUGCAGCACAACUCGCAUCAAUGGAGUGUCUCCGGAUUACUUCAAGUGCAAGUUGUUCACUUUUUCUCUAAGUGACAAGGUGCUUAGAUGGGUCAAGUCUCUACCACCUAAGUCCAUUACAACAUGGAAUGAAUACAAGGGAGCUUUCUUAAACCAAUUCUACACAAAGCAAAGAUCCAACUUUAUAAGGAGCAAGAUAUCCGGUUUUAAGCAAGCACCAAUGGAGUCUUUCUAUGAAGCUUUGGAGAGAUUCAAGGAAUAUACAAGGGACUGCCUUAUCGAUGGUUUCUCAAAAGGUAACCUUUGGAACAUCUUUUACAAUGGGAUUGAUCACACAUACAAGCUUUCACUCGAUACUGCAAAUAAUUGGAACUUCAUGACCAAGUCGGUGCCGGAGGCCAAGCUUUUGAUUGAGAAUCUUGCUCUGAGUGAUGCCAAUGCCUGCCCUGAUUACAAUCGAAUGAAGACUGGUCCAGACGGCUCCAACCGAGAAUCGGCGUCCAAACCGUGCGGAAUGGCCGACCGAGGAACAUCCGUGCCACGAUCGGCCAACGUCCGGACACUCCGUCCAUCCCGCCUGAACGCACGGCCGACCUCACAUACCGACCCGGAAGCAUCGUCCCGCGGUCGACCAAUUUGUAGUCCCGCGACCGUAGGCCGCGCACGACCGCACCGCGCGAGCAGGAGGCAACGCCUCACGACCGUGCGGCACAACUCGUGCCACAUGCACGACCCAUCCGUCCGACCAGGAAGGCCUCGUCCCACGUCCGGCCGAAUCCUUCGACCAAAUCAUCCGUCCGGCCGAACCCGACGAACGAACGAAGAAUCUCUCGGCCACGAUCGACCCGACCGUGCCGAUAGCCGAUCAUCACCCGAUAGCCGGCCGAACGUCCCAAACCCGAAGCCGUUUUUGAAGCCCGUUUCACACGUUUCAAGCCCAAUUACACGACCGACUUAUUAG